AUGGCGUCUACUUGGCUUGAUGUGGAGGCGGCGAUCAAGAUGUCAUCCAUAUACUGGAUGAUUGUUGCUUCGGGGUUCUUCAAUCGGACUGGGGCCAGGGCUUUGCUAACGACGAUUUGGCAAAUCGUGGGAGAGCUGAUCAUGCCUUGGGGAGAAGGGUUUUGGCUGGUGUGGACCAUCAUCAUCAUCCUCAGCUGCUGUUGUGCUUGCCAUCACCGCCGCACCAAGCACCGCCUGCAGGCCCAGCAGCGGCAGCACGAGAUCAACCUGAUCGCCUACCGGGAGGCCCAUAACUACUCAGCCCUGCCCUUCUAUUUCCGGUUUUUGCCAAAUUAUUUGCUACCUCCCUAUGAGGAAGUGGUGAACCGACCGCCGACCCCCCCGCCCCCGUACAGUGCCUUACAUCAGCAGUGUGUCCCAGCAGGCAGCAGUAGCACAAUCCCGGACACGCCCAGAGCCCUGCAGCCAGCACAGAGCAGCUCUGCAGCACCCAGCAGCAAUACCAGCAGUACUGACAGCAGGGCGCCCGGCCGCGGGGACCCCGAGCCCUCCACCACCGUGCUGGGUGAGAGAGCCGUGGCCAAAACGCAACGCAUGGAGCCCAGCGGCGCCAGCACGGGAGCCGAGCUGGUGGAGAGGGCCGGUCCCGAUAAGGAUACGGAGUGCAAGGAGGAACUGCUGAAAGGUUACAGCUCUAAAAGCUUGGAGCAAAGCGGCGCCAUCCCCGACGCCAAGGACAAGACGCCGGGCAGGCAGCGCCGUUUCACCGGCGACUCGGGCAUAGAAGUGUGUGUGUGCAACCGGGGUCAUCACCACGACGACCUCAAGGACUUUGAUGGGCUCAUUGACGACGCUCUGGACGGGCCCCUGGACUUCUGCGACAGCUGCAGCAGCCGUCCCCACGGGGACGAGGAGGAAGGGCUCUUCAGUGCCACGGAGGAGCUUUUUGUUUGCACGCCACGGGGUUUGAUUUACAAAUUCGGCAAAAGUUGCCGGCAUAAGUCUGAGUCUGGGUCGGAAUCCGAAUCGAAAUCUGAAUCGAAGCGGGCUUUGCGCAAGAAGGACAUUGUUUUCUAG